CGUCUACUCUUUAUUUCUAUCUCUUUUCCUUUUCUCUCUUAAUCAGAAUAUGAUACCCGAAGAAGAAUAUGGCUUGUUAUCGCAACAACCAGAAGAAAUAUCAGAAAAUGAACAGGAAGAAGCUAUAGAGUUUAUUUCAUAUGCUGAGAGUGAUGACGAUGAUGAAGACCCUUAUUUUAUGCCCGAACAUAAUAAACGAACUAGUACUUGGACCUUUCUUAGGUAAUAAUGACAUGUAGAAUGAUUUCUCAUAAUUCAGUACAGAAUGACUUGUGCUCCUAUUCAAGUCGUGCGAUUCACGAUACCCGCUAUUUGCAUAUUGACUAUUAUUACUUAUACCAUUGUGAUUGGCGUCUUGACAGGGAAGAAAAAAAUCUGACUUAAAUAAAUCAUUUAUGCAUUCAAGUCCGAAUUUAUUCAUAAGCCCGAGAGAAAAAAAAGUGCGUGGGUGCAGUUAAAUGUAAGCGCGUAGUCUACUUCUUUUCCUUGUUUGCUCAUCAUGUCAAACAACAAUAAGGAAUAUACUCGGGAGGAUAUUGAACGCAUGAGAAUCGCCAUGGAAGGUGAAUCAGCUCUUGACAAAAUAAAAAGAAAGUCAAGAGAAGAACCUCUUGUACCAGCAGGUGUUGCUUUAACUUGUUUUGCUCUUGUUGCUGCCACUGUGGGUGUAAAGACAGGUAACAGAGCCUAUGCUAAUAACAUGUUUCGUUUGAGAGUUGCAGCACAAGGUUUCACUGUCUUGGCUAUGGUGGGUGGUUCUCUUUACUAUCAAUACAAGGAGAAAAACAGCAAGCAAUAAUGUAAAUAAAUCUCACUCAAUGUCUAUUAUAUUCCAAAGAAAAAUUUGUU